AUGUUUUUGCUUUACAUCAUUAUAUAGAUCAUUUUGAUGUAGUAAAUUUAACCAGAAGGAUUUGGUAUUCUUUUUGAAAUCAAUUAUCUACACUAUUAUCAGAAGGCAAUCAUAACUUUUAUAGUUAAUUCUAUAUGUAACCUUAUGCGUUUGUUGUUUCUAUCUUCUAAAUAAUUUAUUUAGCUUGUUACUUGUUCCCUAAUUUAAAUAUUUUUAAAGAUUCUGUUUAAAACCUUAAUGAACAAUAUAUAAUAAUAAUUCUUGGUGUUUGAUAUAUGUGUCAUUGUAAACGGCUUCUUAAUAUAGCAAGGUCCACACUUGCUAGCAGGAGAGUUAAAAAAUACAGUGUAGUCUAUUAGCGUGGCACAGAUCAUCUUAUCGUCAAAGGAUAGUCUAAUCAACCAAUGGUUUUUAAUGAUUUCAUCAAACAUUUUAAGUAAUUUCUUAUUUAGGAUAUAUAAAUAAUUUAAAGUAUCUAUCUAGUUUACCAUAUUAAAUUAGUCUGAUCUCCACCAUCCUAUAUCUUCUCUCUGGCGUAAUAAACACAAUCAUGUCAGAUUCGUCGUAUACAGCGUCAAUUAAGCCCAAAUAGUCUUUUAAAAUCCCUCUUUUUAUAGAUCGCUCUCUACUUUUACAAACUUGAGCUCUUCUAUAACCCUCUCUCUUUAUAAUCCUUCUAAGUCUUUCGUUUUUAUUGGAUUUUAGUACUCAUAGUUGAGUUCAUAAAUAGACUCAUAUAGCUAUUCAGCCCUCAGGUUUCAGCAAAUUAGUAGAGCCAUUUGGGAAUAUUCUAACCGACAGAAUGUAUUCGUCUCUUUCCCCAUCAACCAUCUAAGCUAAGCCCAAAGCACCUUCAAUCAAUUUAACUUAUUGAAGUUCCUUCUAUAUCUACGUUCUCGGUAGCCACGUUUAGGACGUCACUCAUAGAUUGACCCUUAGUUUCCUCAUUGUUCCUUGGCUCUAUUUGGAUUCUUGAUCCGAUAUCCUCUCAUUUAUUAUUACUCUUAUUGCUUCUAUUAUUAGUUCUCUAAAGCUACCAACAUGUGUCUCACCUGCAAUCCUUCUAUUGAGUUGCUUCUACUCGAUUUUUCUCUUUCGUUGUUAUCAAUUUCUUUCUUCCUCUAGCGAAGCUUAAAUAUGUUGACCAAUCCUAUUGGAUCAAUUAUAUUGAUCCACGAUUCUUCUCCUUGUAAAAGCAUCCAAAUUAUCAAUCUGAAUUUCUGUAAAGAAUGUGGUGAUAUAUAUCCAUAUCCUCUUUCAUUAGAUUGA